CAUAUGUAUUAGACAACCAACAGAAGAAGAAGAAGAAGAGCAACAUCCAAAUCUGCAGAGAGAUGGAUAACAAAAGGUCAUUGAUUGUUGUUCUACUUGUAGUGCUAUUCAUCUCGACGGAAGCCAUCUUUGUUCAUGCACAAAGCAAUGGCAACGGCAAUGACCAUGGAAAUGAUAACAACGGCGAAGGCAAAGGCAGCAACGGCGACGGCAAUGUCCAUGGAAAUGAUAACAACGGCGAAGGCAAAGGCAACAACAAUGGCCAUGGAAAUGACAACAACAACAAAAAGGACAAUAAGAAUGGAAAGGACAAGGAGAAGAAGCCUUCCAAGGAUAAGGAUAUGACCCAUUAUAAAAUGCUGAAAGAAUUAACACCAUAUGGCCAGCAACAAGCUCAAUGUGAAGCCAAAGGAGCCUGCUACAACAAGGUCCUUGCAUGUCCAGCACAGUGCCCGGAGAGGAAGCCUAAGAAGAACAAGAAGCAAAAGGCAUGCAGGAUUGACUGUAGUAGCAAGUGUGAAGCCACUUGCAGAUGGAGGAAAGCAAACUGUGAUGGGUAUGGUUCUCUUUGCUAUGACCCUCGCUUUGUUGGCGGUGACGGUGUAAUGUUCUACUUCCAUGGAGCAAAAGGAGGCGACUUUGCCAUUGUAUCCGAUGACAGCCUUCACAUCAAUGCUCACUUCAUCGGAUCCCGCCCCCAGGGAAGGACUCGUGACUUCACUUGGGUUCAAGCACUCUCAGUCAUGUUUGACACACACACCCUUGUCCUCGCAGCAAGAAGAGUCUCUCACUGGGAUGACAGUGUCGAUGCUCUUCUCGUAAAGUGGGAUGGCCAUGAGGUUCAGAUCCCUGUGGAUGGGGACGCAGAGUGGAAGAUUAGCACUGAGGACAGAGACGUGGUAGUAGAGAGAACUGACGACACUAACAAUGUAAGAGUGAAAGUUUCUGGGCUGGUGGAGAUGGCUGUGAGGGUCAGACCUAUUGGGGAAGAAGAAAACCGAGUUCACAACUACCAGUUGCCCGCUGAUGAUGCUUUUGCUCACCUAGAGACACAGUUUAGAUUCUUCAACCUCUCAGAACUUGUUGAGGGGGUUUUGGGGAAGACUUACAGGCCUAGCUAUGUUAGCCCUGUGAAAAGAGGGGUCCCCAUGCCGAUGAUGGGUGGGGAAGACAAGUACAAAACUCCAUCAUUCUACUCAACCGUUUGCAAUGCUUGCAGGUUCCAGAGGCCAUCUGGGUUCUCUGCAAUUUAAGGACUCAAAAACGCAUUCGAUUUGGUACAUUUAAGUACUAUCUUUACUUAUUUCCUUCUAAAAUUUCUUAGUUGGUUCUCUGUAUUUCAAUGAAAUGUGUAAUAAGGGGUCACAAAAAGUCCCCAAAGAAUUUCAAUGUUAUUGAGUUUUCGUUUUUCAAUGAAUUGUGUAAUAAGGGGCCACAAAAAGUCCUCAAAGAAUUUUAAUGUUAUUGAGUUUUCUCCA